AUGUAUCUAUUUCUAUUUAUCUAUCUCUCUCACAUCUAUCUCCCACUAUUCACAUCUAUCUAUCUAUCUAUUUCGGUUUGUUCAUAUCUAUCUAUCGAACUAGCUAGCUAUCAGUCUGUUCAUAUCUAUCUAUCGAUCUCAGACUGUUUAUCUAUCUAUCUAUCUAUCUAUCUAUCUCGGUUUGUUAAUAUCUGUCUAUCUAUCGCACACUAUUCACAUCUAUCUCACACUAUUCACAUCUAUCUAUCUAUCUAUCUAUCUCACUCUAUUUACAUCUAUCUAUCUAUCUAUCUAUCUCGGUUUGUUCAUAUCUAUAUAUCUAUCGAGCUAGCUAGCGAUCAGUCUGUUCAUGUCUAUCUAUCGUUCUUAUUCUGUUCAUAUCUAUCUAUCUAUCUUUCUAUCUGUCUCAGUCCCUUCAUAUCUAUCUAUAUAUCUAUCUCGGUUUGUUCAUAUCUGUCUAUCGCACACUAUUCACAUCUAUUUCACUAUAUUCACAUCUAUCUAUCUAUCUAUCUAUCUAUCUAUCUGUCUGUCUGUUCAUAUCUAUCUAUCUCAUUCUCUCACUCUGUUCACAUCUAUCUAUCUCCCACUAUUCACAUCUAUCAAUCUCACUCUAUUCACAUCUAUCUAUCUAUCUAUCUAUCUAUCUAUCUAUCUAUCUCAGUCUGUUCAUAUCUAUCUAUCUAUCUAUCUAUCUAUCUAUCUAUCUAUCUCAACCUGUUCAUAUCUAUCUAUCUAUCUAUCGUUAUCUUCUCAUGUUUACGUGAGAGACACAACUUUCUCUCUCUGUUGAGGGGGGGGGAUAGAGAAUUUUUGGCAGUUUUUAGUGUGGCUUCUUCUUCUUCUUCUUUUUCUUCUUCGUUUUCUUCUUCUUUUUCUUCUUCUUCUUUUCUUUUUCUUCUUCUUUUCUUCUUUUUAUUCUUUUCUUCUUUCUUUUUCUUUUCUUCUUCUUCUUCUUUUUCUUCUUCUUGUUUUUUCUUUUUCUUUUCUUUUCUUCUUCUUUGUUUCUUCUUCUUUUUCCUAAAUUCUUUUCUUCUUCUUCUUCUUUCUUCUUCUUCUUUUUUCUUCUUUCUUUUUCUUUUCUUUUUUUCUUCUUCUUCUUUGGAAUUUUUCUCAUUCUUUUCUUUUCUUCUUCUUUUCUUCUUCUUCUUCUUCUUUUCUUCCUCUUUUUCUUUUUUUUUUCUUCUUUUUUUCUUCUUUUUUUUUUUUUCUUCUUCUUCUUUUUUCUUCUUUUUCCAUUUCUUUGUCUUUUCUUUUUCUUCUUCUUCUUCUUCUUUUCUAUUUUUUCUUCUUCUUCUUCUUCUUCUUUUUUUUUUCUUCUUAUUCUUUUCUUCUUCUUCUUCUUCUUUUCUUCUUCUUUUUCUUCUUCUUCUUUUUCUUCUUCAAUUUCUUUUUCUUUUUCUUCUUCUUCUUCUUUUUAUUUUGUUCUUUUUAAAUAUUUAUUCUUUUUUCUUCUUUUUUUCUUUUUCUUUUUUCUUCUUCUUUUUCUUCUUCUUCUUCUUCUUUUUCUUAUUCUUCUUCUAUGUGCCGUUUCACUUCCGGCCGUUGAUCAUGUCUCCCCACAAAUCCCUAUCUUUUCUCGCUCGCAUUCUAAUAUAA